UUCCGGUCCCCGGUUCGCCGUGGCUGGUGAAUGGCCGAGUCGCGAAAAGCCGCUGCCGCCUGCCGAUGCGGAGGCCAUGGCUUGGGCUGCGUCCUCUUUACCCUCCGAUAAAUCUCGGUUUAUCUGUGUAUAUCCAGCCUAUAUAAAUAACAAGAAGACAAUAGCAGAAGGAAGAAGAAUACCUCUUGACAAAGCUAUUGAAAAUCCUACAUCUACAGAAAUCCAAGAUGUUUGUGCAGCAGUUGGUCUUAAUGUGCUUUUGGAGAAAAACAAAAUGUAUCCCAGGGAAUGGAACCGUGAUGCGCAAUAUAGGGGUAGAGUUCGCAUUCAGCUGAAGCAGGAAGAUGGUAAUCUAUGUCAGCCUGAGUUUCCAACACGUAAGGCAGUGAUGUUAUAUGCAGCAGAAACAAUUCCCAAACUGAAAACUAGGACACAGAAAAUGGGAAGCAGUGACCCAAGUCUACAGCAAGGAGAAGGAGGCAAAAAAAACAAAGGAAAAAAGAAGAAAUGAAUGUGACAUGGACUAAUAUAUAUUCAAAUGAGUAUGGUUACAAAAGAAUAAUGAUUUCAAAUGACGGACAGACCAAUGAGAACAUGCAAAGCUAUUUUGUGGUAGUUUUUGAAUUAGAAUGAAUUUCAUUUUGCAUAAAAUUAUGGUUGAACUAUUUGGGAACAUAACCAGAAAAUCCUCUUCUAAUAUUUAAAAAAUAUGGAAAAAUAAUGUUUUAGUGUAUUGAACUGUAUGUACAAAUGAAUGCAAAGCUGUUUGUUUUUACCUUGGAUACAUUUUCACUUGAUAACUUUACAAUGAAAUACAUUUGUCACUGUGAUGUUGGGCUUCUCUUUAUUACAAUAAACAUAUGUUUGGAUUAAA